AUGAAUACGCCAAUCCGCACGGCUGUCCUGGGUGGCAGACUUUCAAAUGCGUGGUCGCCCUUGGCCACCGGCGGCGCAAGCGGCCCAUUGUCAAUGACAGGCUACCAGCAUCAACCAUGCCGCCGGUCAGCACCGCAAUCAUCACCACUCAAGCAACAUCCCAUACGAGCUUCAAGCUACGCUACAGCAUGCAAAUCGCCAAUGCAUCCAGCAAAUUCGUUCUCAAACACAUGCAGAGGAAACUAUAGCUCAUCCUCUGCCAACAGCCCUACCCUCCAAUUGAUUACCCGAAACUCACAGCCAUGCCUCGUAUCACGACGAAAUUCCUCCACAUCUACUCAAGCUGCCUCGUCCAGUAGCCAUCCCACCAGCACUUCCAAUACCCCAGUGAAGCUUGACUGGAACACCUUCUUUCAGCUCCGUGCCUCCCGCCGGAAGUACUCUCUAAUUUCUUCCGUUCUCGCCGCGUUCACAACCACUGCGGCUGGAGGCCAGAUCCUAGCUACGCAAAAUCUGGAGAGUUUAGGCGCACAAAUUAUGGGCUUUGACCCAUUGAUUGUACUUGGCCUGGCGACCGCUGCCUCGGGCGCAUUGGGCUGGUUGGCCGGCCCAUUCUUGGGCAAUGGCCUUUGGGGCCUGGUUUACAGGAAGUACAAGAGUGCAGUUGCUAUUAAAGAGAAAGAGUUUUACGACAGAAUAAAACGCUUCCGCGUUGAUCCCUCCGCCAAUUCGUUCGCUAACCCUGUGCCAGACUACUACGGGGAGAAAAUCGGCAGUGUCCAGGGAUACCGACAGUGGCUUAAAGACCAACGAGCGUAUAACCGCAAAAAGCGAAGAUUUGUUUAG